UCGCACACUGACAAACAACUUGUUUAUUCAAGUCUUCCCGUUGACUUUGUCAAAGUCUUUCUCCCUCACACUCCUAACGCACCGCACACGAAGACAAGACUGUGUCACUGUCUCCCUCUCUCACACAUGUUCAUGUUUUAACUCUCUAUGUUGAAGGCUUCCUCUUCUUCUUCUCCCAUUAUCACCUACCUCCCAAUUCCCAAUAAUGCACGCUUUUAGCUUUACUUGAAAAUCUCUCCCCACACCCACAGAUUACAGUUGUCAAGGAAACAUGGCUAGCUUUGAGAAAGAUGAGGAGCCAAUGCUGUUAGAAACACGUGGGCCGCGAUCUGAUGAACAUGUGGAUUCUAAUUUCCGGAGGCUUGUGACAAGGACACGAAGUGCAUCAAUGUCAAUUCCCAUGGUCUCCAUGGAAUCGUCUGACAGAGAAGCUACUUUUGUGGGGCAUACUGGUCCACUACGUACUGUGAGGAAAACACCUUUUCCACAAAUGAGUGGUCCACUCUAUCCCACCCAAGGAACCGGAAAUCCUUUGCAGCGUAGUAGAGUUGUGGCAGGAAACAAUGUAGGGGAGAGCAGGACAGCCAGGUUCCGCAACACAGGUGAAAGUCAUUGGAAUAACAACAAUGAUAGGAAGAAUGAACACUUACUGAGGUCUGGGCAAUUGGGAAUGUGUAAUGAUCCUUAUUGUACUACUUGCCCUGCUAACUUUAAGGCUGCCCAACAAGGAAAUUCAAGAACUUCGUAUAGACGUGAUCCCGUGUUCCAUAAUGUUCUCUAUGGAGAUGCCAAGGGUUUCGCUAGAAAAGUUUACUCAUUUUUCUCUUCUCAUGUUCCUGGAGUUAUGAAUCCUCACAAUAAAGUUGUGCAACAAUGGAACAAGGCUUUGGCUAUUUCUUGUUUGGUGGCAAUUUUUCUAGAUCCAUUAUUUUUCUUCUUACUGAAUGCGCGGGAGGAUUUGAAAUGUAUUGUUAUCAACUGGCCAAUGACAGCUACACUUGUUUUGUUUAGAAGCUUGAAUGAUGCCAUAUAUUUCUUGAACAUUCUUCUUCAGUUUAGGUUGGCUUAUGUUUCUCCCGAGUCAACAGUGGUUGGUGCCGGAGAUUUAGUUGACCAUCCAAAGAAAAUUGCUUUACAUUACCUAUGGGGCUAUUUUUUGCUUGAUUUAUUUAUUGUGAUUCCCCUUCCUCAGAUAAUGCUUUAUUUCAUUAUACCAACCUACUUGGGUUUCUCAGGGGCAAAUUAUGCUAAGAAUCUUCUGCGUGCAGCUAUCCUUGCGCAAUACAUGCCUAGACUAUUCAGGUUUCUGCCUUUGCUGAUUGGCCAGUCUCCAACAGGAUUCAUAUUUGAGUCCGCAUGGGGGAAUUUUAUUAUAAAUCUUCUUAUUUUUAUGCUAUCGGGACACGUUGUUGGCUCUUGCUGGUACCUCUUUGGCCUACAAAGGGUUAAUCAAUGUUUUCGAAACGCCUGCUCUAAUUCUACUCUUCCUGGAUGCAAGAAUUACAUUGAUUGUGGCCUGUCUACCGACACACCAAUUGAGUGGCAUAAUAAUGAAAAUGCCACUAAUUGUUUGAACUCCAGUUCUGGUGUUUUUGAAUAUGGGAUUUAUGCCAAUGCUGUAAGACUUACCACAGAAACUAAUGUGGUCAAGAAAUAUGUGUAUGCUCUGUUUUGGGGUUUCCAGCAAAUAAGUACUCUUGCUGGUAAUCAAACCCCAAGCUAUUUUGUGUGGGAAGUCCUGUUCACAAUGGCCAUCAUAGGGCUAGGACUCUUGCUUUUCGCACUUCUUAUUGGAAACAUACAAAAUUUUCUUCAAGGCCUCGGGCGAAGGAGAUUAGAAAUGCAACUUAGAGGCCGUGAUGUUGAGCAAUGGAUGAGCCAUCGUCGCUUACCAGAAGGUCUAAGAAGGAGAGUAAGACAAGCUGAACGAUAUAAUUGGGCUGCAACAAGAGGGGUAAAUGAAGAAAUUCUUCUAGAGAACAUGCCAGAAGAUCUCCAAAGAGACGUAAGACGCCAUCUGUUCAAAUUUAUCACGAAAGUUCGAAUUUUCGCCUUGAUGGAUGAGCCUAUCUUGGAUGCCAUUUGCGAGAGGCUUAGACAAAAGAUAUACAUAAAAGGAAGUAAUAUCUUGUAUCAAGGUGGUCUAGUGGAGAAGAUGGUCUUUGUUGUGCGCGGGAAAUUGGAGAGCAUUGGAGAAGAUGGAACUAAAAUUAACCUAGCCGAAGGGGAUGCUUGUGGCGAAGAACUCUUGAGAUGGUAUCUAGAGAAUUCAUCAGUUAGCACAGAUGGUAGAAAAGUAAGGCUACCUGGACAAAGGUUGCCGAGCAGCAGGACAGUAACGUGCAUAACAAACGUGGAGGCAUUUUCACUCCGAGCUGCUGACCUUGAAGAAGUAACAAUCAUUUUCACUAGAUUCUUGCGGAGUCCACGUGUUCAAGGAGCUCUAAGAUACGAGUCGCCUUAUUGGAGAUCCCUUGCAGCAAGCCGGAUUCAGGUUGCAUGGAGAUACAGGAAGAAACGACUAAACCGUGCCGCGUCACAACUAGAUUAGGGUGUAGAUUGUGUUCUAUUUUAUCAUUUUUUUUUUUUUGUAUAACCAAGCUGUAUCAUAGGUUAAUAACUUAAUAUAGUAUGUGUUGCUAGCUACCAUGUACAAAAUAUUUCUUGUUCACUCAAAUGAUGAAUGAAUGCUUCAACAUAACAUGAGGUAACCACGUGCGAGGGAACAGCGGAGUUAUAUUAUUCCAA